AUGAAAGUAAUCGUCACCGGCGCCACCGGCAACGCUGGCCGACAGGCUGUCCAACACUGCAUUGACAACCCCCGCGUUACAAAGGUCGUCGUCCUGACACGGGCGGCUGUCUCUGGAUAUGUCGAGAGCCAUCCAAAGGUCGAGGUGGUGAUGCACCAAGACUUUUCCUCAUACCCUGAAUCUUUACUCCGACGACUGGAGGGGGCCCAGGCGUGUAUAUGGGCCAUUGGCGGCCGAGUCGACCAACUCAAGCACGACAAGAACCUCUGUCGGCAGGUUAUACUGGAGCUCCCACUCGCUGCAUCGAGAACCUUUUCCCAACAUCUCGCCGGGAAGACACCCGACGGUACAAAGUUCCGCUUCAUCUUUUGCAGUUCAAAAUACGCCGAGAAGACCAAAAAGAGCUUCCCAUUCGUCAACGACCCGCGCCGGUACGUCACAGACGCCGAAAAGGGUCUCUGCGAAGUGGCCGACGCCAAUAAGGCCCAGUUUGAAGCUUAUAUACUACGGCCUGCGAGCUUCUACGUCUCCGACAUGCCCUCUUCGCAGCCCACUACGCCGACCAAAAAGCUAGUUGGGGGACACAGUACAUCAACCAUUGACACAUCCCAGGUCGGCAAGGCCAUGGUCGCUGUGGCUUUGGAUGGGUGGAAAGACCGCAUUGUUGAAAACGAUUUUCUCGUCAAGAUGUAA